GGUAUUUGGACGCAGCCUUUGCCAGAAACCGGAUGGCCAAUCAAAACACUUUCAUGAGUUUGUUUAAACGCCCCGGUUUAGGGUCCGUCAUAUCAUAUGACGAAAAGAAGAGUGUGAAAAGCUCCUCAUCACGUGAUUCGGCUCUAUAAACCUGACACAUAGCGAACGAUACGAUAGACGCACGGAGAAGAAUGGCAAACGCCAGCAAGACCGAAAAAUUCCAGCUCCAUGUACCAAAUCUCCAAGAACUGUGUCAGGUGCUGGAAUCGGGACUGAACAAGAACUUUGCGGAUGUUAAAGUAUCCGUCACCGACUGCCCGGAUCUCACACAAGAUCCUUUCAGGUUUCCUGUCAAAGGUCUGUGCGGAAAACCUCGCAUAACUGAUGUGGGAGGUGUUCCCUAUUUGAUUCCGCUGGUCCAACUGGACAAGAUGUACAACAUGAAUGCCGUGUCUAAGCAGUUAGAGCUGCCCGGAGCGUUUAUGCUUGGUGCUGGUGCCGUCUCCGCCAAAACAGCCGGGAUAAAUGGAGAGUUAAUGCCUCUGGUGUUGACUGAAGCUGAGGGGAGACCUUUUGUCAAUGGCAGUUAUUAUGCCACCAUCAACCCACUGGAUGGAAAAUGUCUGCAGGAGAAAUACAGCGACAGGUUCCAUGACUGUGACUUUGGCCUUCUUGCAAACCUCUAUGCGUGUGAGGGUAAACCUGGAAAGGUCAUUGAGGUGAGAGCCUGCAGGAGAACCGGAGAGCUCAGCCUUGUGAGCUGCAUGAGAAAGACCAUGGAAGAGCAUUAUAAAGAGAAAAGUGUCGCCCUGGGGGGAACUUUCAUCAUACAGAAGGGAAAGGCAAAGGUCCACAUCAUGCCACGUGAAUUUUCCUCCUGUCCACUGAACACCGAUGAAGAUGUUGAGAGCUGGCUCAGACAUUUUGAAGUCAGUGCACCGUUUAUCUGUCAAACUGUCAUGGUGUCCAAAGAUCCGGGUCUUGACCUGAGGGUGGAGCAUACUCAUGGUUUUAGUCAUCAUGGUGAGGGUGGGCAUUACUACAUAGACACCACCCCGAACACUGUGGAGUAUGUGGGAUAUUUCCUCCCUGCUGAGUUCGUCUACCGUAUCGACCGACCGACAGAGACACACAAUGUCGGAAGAGAUUAAACUCCUCACAAUUUAGAUUCACGUGUAUUUGUACUGCAAAAGAUUGUUUUUUAGCCCUCUUCAUGAUUUUUUGUCUGUACAGUUCUACAUUAAUGAAUGGUAGAUAGACACAUUCGAGUCAACACUAAAUCAUAAUUUACUUGCUUUAAUCAUCGCUGCAUCUAAGAAAACAACAGAAGAUCUCUUUCAGGCAGCUAGCUAAGCAAACAUUUUUAAACUGUAUUAUUAAUAGUAAUGAAGUUAUUGUCAUUCAUUCACUUUCUGAUAUUAAACAUGCAUUUUUCACUCUGAAACAUGAUAUGAAGAAUUUAGGAAUACAAACCGGGGCCCCUCCCCAGAAAUAUAUGUUGUAAACAUUCUUCCAAGUAUCUUCUAUUUGUGUUCAACAGAACAAAGAAACUUAUACAGGUUUGGAACUACUUGAGUAACUCAUGACAGUAUUUUCAUUUUUGGGUGAAGUUAACUGUUAAAGGGCCAAAACCCCAAAGCACAAUUCUUUAUGAUGUUUAAGCAUAAUUAAAAACGCUCUUGAUGUUUA